GCCACCAUCUCUGCAGCUACCAUUCUGAGGAUGAAAUACACUGAGAGGGACCCUAAUAAGGCAGCUGUCUGUUUAGUUUGCUUGGGCGUGGCACAGUCAUGUUGCCAAAGCUUUUCCUAUUCUGCAGCAGCAGAGGACCUGUGGACAGAUGAAAUCUCUGUGUGCUGACUUUCUCUACCAGUUAGACUUGGUCACGUAGGAGCAUCUCAAAAAAUCACAAUGGACCCCAAAGAAGAAAGUCAGCAUGUGUGGCCAUCAGCAGAUCACCAGGCUAACACCACCCAGGUGCAUUUUGUCCCUGAUGGUGGAACUGUAGCUCAAAUUGUGUACAGUGAUGAUCAAGACCGUACAUCACAGCAGGUGGUCUACACAGCAGAUGCUUCCUCAUUCACGUCUGUGGAUGCGUCUGAGCACACCCUGGUGUAUAUCCAUCCUGUGGACGGGUCACAGACCCUGUUUACAGACCAGUCACAGGUUGCCUAUGUUCAGCAAGAUGCUACUACGCAACAGGUGACUGUACUAUUGCCUGCGGCACAGAGCAUGAAUGCCGCCAACCUGACUGUUCUCAGCGGGGUUCCUGAUUCUGCGCAGACAAUGUCUCUAGAGCCAGUUUCACAGGCAUCAUUAUCGGUGCAUGAUCAUAUCUUACCUCCUAUGGAGGGGGCUGACGGCUCAACAAACAUGGUCUCUCUACAGAGUCCAAACACCCAAUCAGAUGGAAAAGAUGAGGAUGAGGAUGAGGACGAUGAGGAUGAGGAAGAUGAAGACGAUGAAGAUAUGGAGGACUCUGACAUGGAUGAAUGGGAACCCGAUCCACCUCACCCCUUUGAUCCUAAUGAUUUAUGGUGUGAGGAAUGUAAUAAUGCACAUCCAUCUGUGUGCCCCAAACAUGGGGCUCUGCAUCCAAUCCCCAACCGUCCAGUUCUAACGAGGGCACGUGCUAGCCUACCUUUAGUGCUAUAUAUUGACCGAUUUCUGGGUGGAGUUUACUCAAAGCGGCGCAUUCCCAAACGCACCCAGUUUGGCCCGUUGGAGGGGCCUCUUGUGAAAAAGUCAGAGUUGAAGGAUAGCUAUAUCCACCUUAAGGUUUCACUGAAUAGCAACAUCAAUUCCGAGGCAGGGUUUCAGGAAGACCUCUGGUUUGAGCUAUCAGAAGAGAGUCUCUGCAACUGGAUGAUGUUUGUGCGACCAGCCCAGAAUCACCUGGAACAGAACUUAGUUGCAUAUCAAUAUGGCCAACACAUAUACUACACCACAAUUAAGAAUGUGGAGCCCAAGCAGGAACUAAAGGUUUGGUAUGCAGCCUCGUAUGCAGAAUUUGUGAAUCAAAAGAUCCAUGAUAUAUCACAGGAAGAAAGAAAGGUACUAAGAGAGCAAGAGAAGAAUUGGCCUUGUUAUGAAUGCAACCGCCGCUUCAUGAGUUCUGAGCAGCUCCAGCAACACCUUAACACACACGAUGAGAAGCUGGAUUUCUUUAGCAGAACAAAGGGACGUGGUCGAGGUCGGGCAAAGAGGAAAUUUGGGCCAGGGAGGAGACCAGGAAGACCUCCGAAGUUUAUGCGGCUUGAUAUUGGCAGUGAUAAUCGUGAGAAAUGUGAUCUGGGAACACAGGAGCUACUGCACUUUCCCACUAAGAAUCAGUUUGAGGACACUGGACACUCUGAGCUGAAUGGUUUAGACCAGCCUGACAUGUCUCUGAGCUCCAGCACACAAGGAACACUGGAUCAACAGAGUGAAACACAACUCUUGCCGCCCAUACAACAAGAGCCAAGUGCACCGUUAGUACCACAGAGCACCCUAACCGCUGAAGAUAUGCGACGAGCUAAGCGCAUACGGAAUGCCGCUUUACAGCACCUCUUCAUACGCAAGUCCUUCCGGCCUUUUAAAUGCCUGCAGUGUGGAAAGGCUUUCAGAGAGAAGGACAAACUGGACCAGCACCUGCGCUUCCAUGGUCGAGAUGGCAGUUAUCCGCUGACCUGUGAUAUCUGCAACAAGGGUUUUAUCAGCAGCAGCUCUUUGGAAAACCACAUGAAGUUUCACUUGGACCAGAAGACUUAUUCCUGCAUCUUCUGCCCUGAGUCCUUUGAUCGUUUGGAUUUACUUAAAGAUCAUGUUGUUGUACAUAUUGUUGAUGGAUGCUUCUGCUGUCCUACAUGUAAAAAACGUUUCCGGGAUUUUAUACAGGUGAAGAAGCAUGUGCGCAGCUUUCACUCAGAAAAGGUGUACCAAUGCACAGAAUGCGAUAAGGCUUUCUGCCGUCCUGACAAGCUAAGAUUACACAUGCUGAGACACUCGGAUCGCAAGGACUUCCUGUGCUCUACUUGUGGGAAGCAGUUUAAGAGGAAGGACAAGCUAAGGGAGCACAUGCAGCGUAUGCAUAAUCCGGAGCGCGAAGCCAAGAAAGCUGACCGCACAGGACGCACCAAGUCUUUCAAACCACGCCUUGCCUCCACAGACUACGAGAGCUUUAUGUUUAAGUGUCGGGUGUGCAUGAUGGGCUUCCGAAGAAGAGGCAUGCUGGUGAACCAUUUGUCAAAGCGACAUCCUGAAAUGAAGAUUGAAGAGGUUCCUGAGUUGACACUACCCAUUAUCAAACCCAACCGUGAUUAUUACUGCCAGUAUUGUGAGAAGGUCUACAAAAGUGCCAGCAAACGGAAAGCCCACAUCUUGAAAAAUCAUCCUGGAUCAGAGCUUCCUCCUAGCAUCCGCAAGCUCAGACCAGCUGGUCCCGGAGAACCUGAUCCAAUGCUCAGCACGCAUACCCAACUCACAGGCACUAUAGCAACACCUCCAGUCUGCUGUCCACAUUGCUCCAAGCAAUACAGCAGCAAGACCAAAAUGGUCCAGCACAUACGAAAGAAGCAUCCUGAGUUUUCCCUUCUGCAGAACACUGUGCAGGCUGCUGUGAUCAGUACAACCCCAGCUGUGCUAACAGCCGAUGGAACUAGUGGGGAGACGGUGGUGACAACAGACCUUCUGACUCAGGCGAUGACAGAGCUAUCCCAAACGCUGACUACAGAAUACCGCACUGCGCAAGGUGACUUCCAGCGCAUCCAGUACAUUCCUGUCUCACAGACUACAGCUGGCAUUCAGCAGCCUCAACACAUACAGCUGCAGGUGGUGCAAGUUGCUCAGGCUCCAUCACCUCAUCAGUCCCAGCAAUCUACAGUGGACAUGGGUCAAUUGCAUGAGACCCAAGGUUAUACUCAGCAUGCCAUCCAGGUACAGCAUAUCCAGGUUACAGAGCCAACGCCAGGGACCCAGGCAACUACUCAGGUAGGAGGGCAGUCUUUGAGCCCCUCAUCACAUGAUACAGAGCAGGAGGUGAGUGCAUCGCAGCUGCAGACACCAACUUCCCAGAUGCAGACAAACACAGUGCAGCAUGCUUACCUCCCCAGUGGCUACCAGUUCCGUGGCUAUCCCUCUGAGAUCCAGAUGAUGACUUUACCCCAGGGGCAGUACGUGAUUGCAGAAGCAUCAAUGGGCACUCCGGUUACUCCUGUACAUAGCAGCCAAGUGAAGGCACACUAUGUGAUAUCUGAAGGACAGAGUGAACUAGAGAUGAAGAAAAAUACUUCCUUAGAAGAGGUAUCUCAAAACCAUGAACAUUUGGAGCAGCAGACAAACAACCAAGCUCAGACAACACAGUACAUAAUUACAACUACCAUGAAUGGAGGCAGUGAAGUGCAUAUCAGCAAGCCAUGAAUCAAGGGGAAGGGUGCAUAAGAAAUGUAUGCUGCUUGUGGAAUAAAUCACACUCUUCCCUCUUACAGGCAUGUUGAAAUUAAUCAACCUGUUGUAAAGCUUUAUCUUCCAAAGUGUUGGUUCUUCUGGUUUAAAAAAAAACCUGGAAUCAACAUUACAAAACAUAGCCUUGGCCAACAGAAUACCUUGCGCAUUAUAAUAAGAUGAUUGCUACUGAACUUGCCCAGUAUUGAAGCCUUAAGAGUUUGGAUAUACUUCCUAUAAUGCAUCAGUACUUUGAGGAUGUCCUUGAUAAAUACUUGUGCAGUAUUUUAUAAACUGCACAAGGCUCUGUGGUGUUUUAACCAGUAAAAUGUUGGGCAUUUGGUGAUGUAUCAUAUUCCAAGAGCAGUCAUCUCUGGCCGAAGCUUGUAAAGUUAAUGUGAAGACAUGUCACACCUUAUAUUACUUAAUCCCCCAUCCACCGAUCUAAUAAUAUAUUAACUUUACUUGCUGGAGACAAACACAAUAAUGGCCUGCGUUUUGUAAAUUCAAUUAUGAACAAUAUCUUCAAAACUGUUGGAGGUAGCAAGAAGAAUAACUCUAGGUGCAGAGAUCCUAGGAGGGAUGAUGAUUGGACCACUGUACUUUGUCAAUAUUGGAUCUAUACUGUACACAAGAAAAGGCAAUCAGACCUGGGAUGAGGGAUCAGGUUUUGAUUCUUCCUUGGGAAAUACUGGAAUUGAAACUUGAGAUUCAUUUGUGAUAAAUGUUAUCAAAAAAAACUUCGGUAUUCUGGGUUAUACGAAGUAACAUCACUCAUAAUCCAAGCCAAAUUUGCACAUGAAUAGCUAUAUUACUAGAAAUUACUUAAUAAUGUGGAAUUUUUUUUUUUGUGCAGGACUUUGCAACUGAGAACAUACCAACAUUUUUACAAAUUGUGUAAAGACCCUUCCCUGUGACACAUUUUGGGAAGAGGAUGAAAUGUUUCCACAAACUUGUUAUGUGAUUUCAACAUAUGUUAAGAAAACUGUAAACCUAAAGAUUUUAUUUAGUGUAUGUCGCAUAGUGCAGAAGAAGACCAAGAUAUUCUAAUUGUUACAGAUAGUGUUAUGUUUAUCAUUUAAGUAGGACAUUGCUGGUUUCAUUUAAAGGGACACUGAACCCAAAAAUGUAUUUCGCGAUUCAGAUAGAGCAUGCCAUUUUAAGCAAUUUUCUAAUUUACUCCUAUUAGCAAUUUUUCUUCAUUCUUUUGCUAUCUUUAUUUGAAAAACAAGGCAUCUAAGCUUUUUUUUGGUUCAGAACUCUGGAUAGCACUUUUUUAUUGGUGGAUGAGUUUAUCCACCAAUCGGCAAGGACAACCCAGGCUGUUCACCAAAAAUGGGCCGGCAUCUAAACUUACAUUCUUGCAUUUCACAUAAAGAUACCAAUAGAAUGAAGAAAAAUUGAUAAUAGGAGUAAAUUAGAAAGUUGCUUAAAAUGACAUGCUCUAUCUGAAUUACAAAAAAAAAAAAUUUGGGUUCAGUGUCCCUUUAAGUAAUAAUACAUUACUUUAAAUACCCACUCCUGGGGUGUGUAGAGCCAGGAUAAAUAUUCUGGUACUCAAGGACACAAAUUGUAUUUCUGUGAAACACAUUACAACUUAUUAACUGGUUUAUGAAUGAAGGGAGACUUAUUUUAUUUAUGAACACAGAAUUAUUUUUUUUA